AUGCUGCGGCGGAGUCGGUUGUGGCGUCUCAGCAACUACCGCCAGCACAGCGAUAGGGAGCAGGAGCGUAUCUCGCGCGAGCGUAACCGGCGCAUUCUCUACGACCACGAGGGGAACGUGAAACUGUGGGGGCUUGCGUUCCUCUGUUGGGAGGAGUUUCGUGUGCCGAUUCUCUUUGCCACGGGAUGCGUGGUGUUCUUUGUGGCGUACAACAAACUUGUGUACUACUUGUCGUCAAUGGAGUUCGCGACGGAGAAGACUCUGGAUGAGCAGAGCGAGACGAGUGCGCGGCAGUCUGGAAAGUUGAAGGCAGAUCGCUAUUUGGUGAAGCCGCGACGGCAGGUGGAUGAUCCGGACUUCCUAAAUAUCCCAUCGUACGGUGGAAAGGGCGUCUACUCUAGCAAGUUGUUCGAGGACGACUCGGUGAGCACGGACCCUCUCUUCGCGGAGAAGAGACGGAAUUGA